AAAUACUCAUACUCAUACAGGAGCAUCGCUUCUAAGUUUCUUUGUUUGAUUUAAUGGUUCUUGAAAAUAAACCAGUUAUCUGUGAAUAAUUUCAUUCCAACCUGACUCCUCAUCCACUUCACAAAUUAAGAAGUUCACACGUUUACAAAAAACGCUCUCCCUUACAGCAUUCCCUCCUAUUGAAAAGGUAGCUUUGGAACCCUUCCAUCGUCACCAACAAACACCCAAAUCUCUGCCACAAUGUCUGCCGUUGACAGACUCUUGACAAUACUUCUCUGGGCCAUUGCCUUUGGACUCAGUGAAGGCGCAACCAAGAAAAAGAAGAAGAAGAAGAUCAGUACUAGCGCAAUUGUCGCAAUAAUAAUAGUUAUCAUCGUCGUCAUGUAAGUUUUAUUUCCAUAUUAUCCCAAAGUACACCACUCUCUGGAGAUGUCAACGUCCAGCUCCGAGGACAAAUUCUGACUUCAUCACAGCAUAAUCGGCUGUCUCAUCCUCUUCCUUCUUCGGCGCCGAAAGGCCAAGAAUAGUAAAAUCGCGAAUGUCAGCCAGGCACCUUUAGGAGCGCCUUCUGCAGGUGGAGAAGGAUAUCAAAUGGGUCCAGGUGCCCAAGCGCAAGGAACAUAUGAGCCAGUUCAGCAAUACGAGCAGCAAACGCCUUAUGGACAGCAACCAUAUGGAGCACCACCCCAACAACAAGGGUAUGGACAAGGUCCUCCAGCUUCCUACCCAGGUGUGCCACCACCUGCACAUGGAGCUGCGAAUGACUAUUACAAGCCGUGA